UAACUUUACUGCAAUCUCUGCACAGGGUGAGGGAGAGAAAGGGAGAGAGAGACAGAGAUAACCAACAUGAAAGCAGGUAGAGAGUUCAGGGCAAGACUUCUUCCAGCUUCAUCAACUGGCUUGGUCCCAUGAUGUGUGUAGUCGUGGAGAGUGGAAUAAAUCCAUUCACUCAGUGAAAGCAGUCAAAGGAACUUAGGCAACACAGAAAAAAAAGGAAAUAUGAUGAAGAAUGAAGAAAAAAGUUUUAAUGGGGAUAGUACACGAGCCUCUGCCUUCUCCUGCUGCCGGCAGCCACUGAGCCCCGUUACAAAGCCACACAGAACAACUUCAUUUGGUGAAGAAUUCAGACCGCACCUCUCACAUUUCCACUAUGGCCCUCCUCCUCUUGAAGAUAUGGAAACAUUCCAGGGAUCUUUGGAAGGUGGGUCUCGGAAACGCAAGAGCAUGCCAACAAAAAUGCCUCCUUCUGUCUCCCUUGAGGGUUCCUCAUCACCACUGGGCAGACCUGAAGAUAACAAUGACAUAGGCUCUUCCAGUCUCCCCUUGGUGUUCCAACAGCCAGCACAGCCCAAGUACAGUUCCCAGAUGAUUGACCUCUGCAACUUUGGUUUUCAGUUCUACAGAACUCUGGAGCACCUUGGAACCAAGCCCAUUAAGCAAGAACCAGUGAAGCCUAACAUGACAUGGCCCAGUAGCCCAGCAUUCAUGCAAGCUCCUUACCCUUAUUAUCCUAAAGUUCACUCUGGCUUUAUGUUUCCUUUUAUUGUGCCACCGAACUUUCACUUCAGGAACGCCUUUCAAACAAAAAGACCUCCAGAACCACCCUUCAGAAGGACUGAAAUACUAGAAAGUGGUGAAAAUAAACAGAAAGUGGAAAGAGUAGAUGUGAACCUUCAGAUAGAUGACAGUUACUAUGUUGAUGUGGGGGGUGAACAGAAGCGCUGGCAAUGUCCCAUGUGUGAGAAGUCUUAUACAUCCAAGUACAAUUUGGUGACCCAUAUCUUGGGGCACAGUGGCAUUAAGCCACAUGCUUGCACCCGAUGUGGCAAGCUUUUCAAGCAGCUGAGCCACUUGCAUACACAUAUGUUGACACACCAGGGCACUCGGCCACACAAGUGUCAGGUGUGCCACAAGGCUUUCACUCAAACCAGUCACCUUAAGAGACACAUGAUGCAACACAGCGACAUCAAGCCUUACAACUGCAGGAUCUGUGGCAGAGGUUUUGCCUACCCCAGCGAACUGAAAGCACAUGAGUCUAAGCACGAGAGUGGACGAGAGAACAUUUGUGUGGAAUGUGGUCUGGACUUCCCAACCCUGGCCCAGCUGAAGAGACAUUUAACAACCCACCGUGGCCCUAUACAGUACAAUUGCACUGAAUGUGACAAAACCUUCCAGUACCCGAGUCAGCUGCAAAACCACAUGAUGAAGCACAAAGACAUCCGCCCAUACAUCUGCACUGAAUGUGGCAUGGAGUUUGUGCAGCCCCACCACCUCAAACAACACUCCCUAACUCACAAGGGUGUGAAAGAGCACAAAUGUGGGAUUUGUGGACGGGAAUUUACUCUGCUGGCCAACAUGAAGAGACAUGUCUUGAUUCACACCAAUAUCAGAGCCUAUCAGUGCCAUUUGUGCUUCAAGAGCUUUGUGCAAAAGCAGACUCUCAAGGCCCACAUGAUUGUUCACUCGGAUGUCAAACCUUUUAAAUGCAAGCUAUGUGGAAAGGAAUUUAACAGAAUGCACAACUUAAUGGGACACAUGCACUUGCACUCAGACAGUAAGCCUUUCAAGUGCCUCUACUGUCCCAGCAAAUUCACCUUGAAGGGGAACCUAACCAGGCACAUGAAGGUCAAACAUGGAGUCAUGGAAAGAGGAUUUCAUUCUCAAGGCUUUGGAAGAGGAAGAAUUGCUCUCUCCCAGACAAAUGUCUUGAGAAGCUUGGAACAGGAAGAGCCCUUUGAUCUUUCCCAGAAAAACCAAGGGAAGGGGAUCUCAUUUCAUUCAGAUGGAGAGAGUGCCAAGGGAAGCUCAUGCCAGGAAGAAGAGGAAGACAAUGGCUAUGAAGCAGAACAGUACAGCCCUGCCAUGUAUCACCAUGAUGACAACAAGCUGUGUGUGGCUCAAGAUCUGUCUGUCAAAACCGAGUGCAUGAUGAAGAACUUCAGAGAGUCUUACUGCAAUGAAAAGGAAGAAGCGCUAAGUGAGGAAGGGCCGGAGAGGAGAACAGGAAAUUCCGACAAACAGGAGAGUGAAGGAGAGAGAGACCUUGCAAACAACAAAGAACAUCUCAGCUUUAGAUCCUUUGAAAAGGCCAGACUUGGCCACUCUCUCUCAGAUUACUUGUAUUUCAAGCACAGGAACAAGAGUUUGAAAGAAUUGCUGGAAAGAAAAGUGGAAAAACAAACGAUGCUUUUAGGCAUUUAAAAUGGAAAUUUCAAAACAGCUGGAAAAUGGGAACCAGAUAGCUUUUAACAUGAACUGUAAUUUGCCAAAGCCUGGAAUUUUGUAGUAAUCUUUAGAAACAAGCAAUCCAAGUUAAUAAAAAUAAUUUAACGUAAAACACAAAUAUUAAAAGAAUAAAGUAGUCCAAGGUCAGCAAGAAACACAAUAGAUGCUGAACAAUAACAUUUUUAUAGUUACCCAUUUGAUGUAUAAGCAGACAAUGGGCUUGGUACAGAAGUUUAUUUUCUUUUAUCUGGGGUGUUGGAGACUUAUAAGCAAUACUCAGGUUAUCAAAAAGCACUAUAUAUUAGUGUUCAAUUUUUUAUCUGACUAAAUAUAUAUGAAUGCUCCUUACACCUCCAAAAAAUCCCUGAAAAUAGUAAGCAUUUCACAGGAUAAGUAAGAGUACUAUUAAACAUAGCAUGCAUGAAAGUGCUGUCACUCUCGGAACUAACACAGUCCAAAUACUUUCAUUUACUCAAGUCACAUUGACACUUACAAUGAGAAAUGGGAAACAAAUUAAGGAGAAAAUUUAACAUGUGAGAUAGCGAAGCCUCUGUGAGGCUUUGCAAGGAUUGGGGAUUAUUAUGAUCACAGCAGCUUUUCCUCUGGCACAAGAGAAGUUUGUAUUUUUCAAUGGUUCGGACAGUAUGGGAGUACUCAGUAAUUCUUCAAGAGAAAUAGCAUGAACUGUGUUGACUUUUUUUUUAUUCUACUGUCUGUUCAGACCAAUACAUCUAAUGAGCAGCAUUUGCAAGUCUUUCUGUAAUUAUACAUAAAACAAUAUAUUUAGUUUAGUUGAGACAAAGACACAAUUUUGCCAUGUAUCUCUUCAGUUUCUCUGGGCUAGAAAGGAUUAUUUUGAAAUAUACAGGUUUGGUCAAAAGUUCGUUUUAGAAGGUAUACCAGAAAAGAGUCCUUAUAGGGCAAGCUGUACCUCAGAGAGAAAAACUGGUUUUGGAUUUCCUCUUAUUUGAGUCAGAAAUUUUACCUUAUCACCUUUACCUUAUUUUAACUUGAUCAGUAAGUUCCAGGCUUUUCUGAAGAAUCCUACUCAGGCUGUUUUUACUGAGUCAUUGCCAAGUUUUGAUCUGUUGAUUCCCAUACAGUUUUAUGUUCACAAGAAAAGCACAUUCCAUUAAGCAUAUUCCUUUAUUUGCAUGAAUAGUUUCACCAGCACCAGCAUCUUGAUCCCUGCAUCUUCAAGAUAGAUGACAAACAGCCCCACACCAUUCCACUGCUUAUAAGGAAAUAAAGAUUUAUUAAGUCAUUCAAUUAGUUCUAUGUCAUCCUAACAUCCCAGCUCAAAAGGUUAAAUUCCAUAUACAUUUUACGUCUUUUCCAAAUAUUAUUACUUUAUUCACUUACCUGUCAAAAUCUUGAUUUAAAAUACCUUGUUAUCACGAUAAUAUAUAUAGUAAGUUAUAAUUAAAUAUGGUCAUAUACUUAUGGCUUGCUAAAGCUAGAGUCAAGUAGCUGCAGCUCUCUGCCAUUAUAAGAAACCACUUACCUUAAAAAACUAAUUAUUCUCGCACCUACUGGUUAAUCAGUAAAUGCAUUCUUUCUUAGACUAGAGGGGAAAUGAUGAGGUAGAAAUUCAGCAUUAUCUAGGAGAUUGACCCUUAGAAAUAGGAACAAAUCCUUUGGUUACCUUCUUGUCAAUAUCUUACCUCUGUCAGAUGAAAGCUCCUAUUUAAGAAUAUAUACAGCCAAGAGCUGGGAGCCACUGACUUUUAGAAAUGUCUUUCUCAAGGUGGUGCAUUUUCCAGCUGGGCAUGAUUCAAGAUCAGUUCAUUCCACCUUUGCAGCCAUAUUAGUUCCUGCAAUAAGUGCAACAUGCAAGGAAUCAGGAGCCUGGUUGCAAUUUCUAGAAUGGUGAUCAUGCAGAUGAGUUGGACUUAACAAAUGCCUUCACUUCUGUGGUGGGUAAAGCAGAAAGGCAUGCAGCCUUUCCAUUGCAAAGCCCUGUUGUCUAUGCAUUGGAGAGUGUUAUGGGACAGAUAGAGGAUCCUCAUCAAGAAAGAGACAAAUUAUUAUAUAUCAACAGCACUCAAGGCAAACGGAUUAAAGGAGACAUUUUCAGCAGAGCUCAGCUCUCAGUAGAUAACAUUGUAACCACAAAAAUUAUAUCUACUGGAAGUAUGCAGUCCAGAGCUCCCUUACAGACCUGGGUUGUCUGAAUGGUUAACAAAAAAACUUUCAACCACACUGUCACUGAAGCCAAAUUAUCUAUUUCUACAGUCCUACUUUUCAUCAGAGCAAAAGCAACUGCCAACUACAGACAGCCAAGUGGAAAGGAGUAUAGGUUCCCCAGAAGGACAAUAGUGUUUGAAAAUAAUUGGUAAUGUGACUGACUCCCUUUGCUUGCAUUCUUCCUAGAAAGCAGAGAAUACCGCAUUACAAGAAGGCCUUGAGACUGUGCCCAGUCUCAUACCCACACUAAGCCAAUUCACUAACACCCAAGCCUAAUUGAGGUUAGAAUAGUAAAGAACUCCUUUAAAACUGUAAGUCAUAAGCCAGAGGAAUCACAAACAAAACCAUCAUUGAGACAAGGAGACAGCCAAGUGACCCAAGCAAAGAGAUUAGGAGUUGAUAGUCCUCCAUUCUGCAGAACAAUAAUGGAGCUGGGUCUAAGACACUUGUUACAAAGACCCCAAGAGACAAAUUAAAAGUGAAAUAACAGACUUCAUUGUGAAGCACCUCUCUUUUCAAACAUAAGUUAUUUUCAUGCUAUUUAUAUUGGCACUGUUUUGGGAACAGACAGUAACAGCCUUUGCUUUUUAAUAGCUUUGAAAAUGCUUUAUAGAAAUCUGCUCUCAUAAUGAAGUUAUUUCCCAUUUGUAAUUUCUGAGGGAUUAGCUUCCUUGUUUUGCUUUGAGCAGAAGCUCAGAAGUCCUGUAGGAACAUUACCUGUGUCCUGCACCUUGGGGGACAUAUUUUCUUUUUUUCCUCCUUCCUAAUCUGAAUCUACCUACCUUCUUGCUGUGUUGUGGGGAAGAGAAAAUUUAAAAAAAAUAAAAUUUAAAUAACUAUCUGUCUCUUCUCUGCUAUUUGGAUUUUCAUGUGGUGGUAACACAUCAAAUUAAAACCCAGUCUCCACCACAUCAAUCUUAAAUCACAUCUACGCCAUUUCCACACAUUUAUAUAUGAAGGCUAACUUCAUACUCUUGGAGAGCAUCGAAGCAAGUAAGAGUGUCCACAAACUCACACAAAUGAGAUGCUUUCCAGACUCACAGAAACAGAGAUGCUUAAAAAAGCCAUGCUGAGGAAAGGUAAAUUUGCCACACCAUAAUGAGUCUGGACAAGGGAAGGCAUGUGCUUUGUCAAAUUAGAGACUUCUCCACUAUUAAGGGCAGUAGGGAGAAUUCUACAAGACACUGCACAGAACAGAACAGGUGGAUGAAAAGUAAAAAAUGGGGUUAGUAGAAUUCGAAGGUAAAGAUACACAGCAUAUCUUCUGAGAAGGGGAGGUUGUAGGUAGCCCUAGAACAAGCUGUUUUGAAUCUGGCCACUAGGACUCAGCCGUCACCUUGUGAGCCUGAGCUCUCCCGGCUGCUGGGUAGCCUCCAGUAGGCAAAGGCAAAGAAAGUCAAGUGCUCUGUGUUCAGCAACUCAAAUGGUAAAGCCCUUUAUGAAAACAUUAUAAGGGAAGUUUAUCCUAUACUGUGUCCUGUAAAACAAGUUACUGGAAAGGCCAAGUAAUGCUACUGCACCCACCUUUUUACAACUCUGUGUUGGUCUGCUAACUAUUCUCCAAUUUCUCUCUUCAUAUGGUGCUGCUGGACUCUGCUGUUAUGAGUGUACAGUUAAGAAGUAAUAUGAGUGCUAUAUUUAUUGUUCUAAGAAGUUUUUAAUAGUUAGUAACAGUUCCGAAAAUCAGUCAUGUCUGCUUAGCUGAACAAGAUGCAACAGAGCUAACAUUUUGUACUUCUAACAGAUUUUGCAAAUAAUGUGGUGUAUAUUUGUUUCAUAUAGAAUACUGGGUUUCUAUUUAAAACCCCAUCUCAAAAAAAAGGGCCAACUAUGUGUGAAUAUUUAGUUUCUGGCUUUCUAUCUCAAUAGUAAAAUCAUGGAUAUUGUAUUGUAUUAAUUUAAGCAAAUAAAAAUGUACUAAAAAA